ACGGCCGCCCGUAUAAAUACUGAUGUUAGCGAGGAAGACGCCAGUGUCCGUUGGGCUCCCGUCCUUCCUACUCCUAACCAUACACUCGCCAUGAAGACUUUCACAGUGUGCCUGCUCGCGGUGGUGGUGGCGGUGCAGGCCGAGGCUCCCGGAGGAUACAGCUAUAGCAGACCAAGUGGUGGAUACUCCGGCGGCGGAGGUGGCGGCGGCGGCUACUCUGGUGGUGGCGGCGGCGGCGGCGGUGGCGGCUACGUCCCCGUGCCCGUCGGCGGCUCCACCAACGAGGGCCAGUACGUUGACCAGCAGCUGCUCGGCCAGAUCCGCCAGAUCAUCCUGCAGCACGAGAGCCAGUCCUCCGGCGGCGGCGGUGGUGGCGGCGGCGGCGGCUACUCCUCUGGCCCGUCCUCCUCGUACGGCGUUCCCUCCAGCAGCUACGGCGCGCCCAGCUCUGGCGGCUACUCCAGCCGCGUCGUCGGUGUCGAUCUCGAGGGUGUGCAGCCUGCCAUCCAGGUCGCCCAGUACGAGCAGUCCUCCGGCGGCGGCGGCGGCGGUGGCUACUCCAGCGGCGGUGGCGGCGGCUACUCCUCCGGCGGCCCGUCCUCCAGCUACGGUGCCCCCGCUCGCUCGCCUAGCUCUUCGUACGGCGCCCCCUUCUAAGUAGUCCCCGCCAUCAUCACCACCAUCACUGCCCGCCCCUCACAGCCCCCCCAUCCACCGACACAACGGCGGCGGCUCCCGCCCCGCUGCUCCCGCGCUCGCCACGGGUAAAGCUACAUCAGCGAGCGCGGGGGGGCGGCCGGGGGCGGACCGCCCGGGGGGCGGGCCCACCACCACCAUCACCCCCGCAGCAACACGCGCGGAAGUCAGCAAGCAGUCCAGGGAACAGGACCAGGAAGGAUUGUACAUAGUCACCCACCUCAUCACAUCCCUCAUUGGUCGCCAUCCCCGCGCCGUUCCCGCUUCCAUCCGGAUUCGGCACGGCGCGGGUUUGCGACACUCAAACCGACCAACCGCGACCACGAGGAGCAAACACUUCAUCAUUUCAUCAACGAUGUGUCGAGAGUUUUCGUACGUGUAAAUAGUAAAACCAUCAUUUUUAUAUAAAAAAUAAAAAAUACAUGAGCCACCGUUA